AUGGGCAGGGUUCAACCUGUCUCUGAAACCAAGAAAACUUUUAAGAAAAAAUGGUGUUUGAUAAUUCUCAGCUCAAAAAAUUCAGAGCUAUCUUCUUCUCCGAUUACAUCCCCUGCUUUUACAUUCGUUCACAUCAGCAAAAGCAGAAAUCCAUCAACUUCUCUGAUUUCUCAAACAGAUAUGGAGACCAUAAUGGCAUUGAUUCGUUUUGGAGGAAAAUGGACAGAUAGAUAUCAGUAUGACGAGUACACCAUGACUGGACUGAUAAUACCAACAAAUUGUAUGUCACCAAUGAAAUUACUCACUGACAAUUCAGUCAUAUUCUACAUUGAGCUGAAAAAGAAGCAAAAUGAAGUAACUGAGCUACCACUAUGCAUCACCACUGUUGAUCAAACAACAGCUGAAACUGUUCAACACACUACAUAUGAAGAAGAAACACAAAAACAGAACACAGAUUUAGAAAAGCUAGUUCUUCAACUAAACAACGAGCAAUCAGCUAUAGAAUUACAAUAUCACGAAGCAACCUACAUGAGAAAUAACCAGACAAAAAGAUCUGAAUCAAGAGAGUACCUGGUAACCUGUGUGGAUGACAAUUGUAACUGGUUACUUAGAGCUUCAAAGUUCAGGAAAACAGAAACAUUUAAAAUCAGAAAGUAUGUAAAAACUCACACCUGCUCCUUGGAUAUCAUUAUGGAAGACCACAAGCAGGCUAAUUGCAAUGUCAUUGGGGAACUAAUAAAAUCAAAAUACAUGUCAAUAAAGAGAGUACACACACCACAUGACAUAAUCAACGACAUGCUAGAUGAUUUUGGUGUUUCAAUGGGGUACCAAAAAGCCUGGAGAGCAAGAGAAAAAGCUUUAGAAUUGGCAAGGGGAAACCAAGAUGAUUCAUACCAAAACCUUCCCAUCUACCUUCACUUGCUAAAAGUCUCGAACCCAGGUACAAUUACACACCUGGUUACAGACAAUACAGAUCACUUCAAAUAUAUGUACCUAGCAUUUGCAAAUUCCAUCAAAGGAUGGAAACACUGUAGGCCAGUCAUUGUGAUUGAUGGAACUUACUUGAAGACAUCAUUUGGGGGAACUUUAUUCACUGCUUCAACAAUGGAUGCUAACAACAACAUAUUCCCAUUAGCCUUUGGAAUAGGAGACUCUGAAAAUGAUUCAUCAUGGUUAUGGUUUUUCACAAAGCUGAAGGAGACAUAUGGAGAAAGAGAAGGUAUGGCAAUCAUUUCAGACAGGCAUAAAAGCAUAGAAAAUGCUAUAGACGAUGUAUACCCAAAAGCUUUCCAUGGAGCAUGCAUAUUCCACAUGUUAAACAACAUCAAAGUCAAUUUUGGUGUCCAUGGGGAGGACCUAAACCUAAACUUUGUCAAAGCAGCAAAGGCAUACAGGGUACAAUCAUUUGAGUACUACAUGCAUGAAAUAGACAAGAUUGACACACGCAUAAGACCGUAUUUACAAAAAAUUGGAUAUUCAACUUGGUCUAGAUGCCAUGCUCCAACAAGAAGAUAUACAAUGAUGACAUCAAAUAUAGCUGAAUCAAUAAAUGCUGCAUUGAAAGCUGCAAGAACGCUGCCAAUCACUACAAUGAUGGAGGGCCUUCGAAGUUUAGUUAAAAAAUGGGUAUGGAAAAAUGGUAACGAAGCAAACGGAACAUUCACACAAGUAUCAAUAGAUACUGAAACUGUGCUUAGAGAAAACUUUAUUCGUGCCAUUAAAUUUCAGGUCUUCCCAGUAAACACUAUACUGUACCAAGUUGUGGUUGAACAGAAAGGAAAUUUUUUGGUCAACCUAAUGGAGAAAACAUGUGAAUGCAAAAGAUUCCAACAAGACGAAAUACCAUGUGCACAUGCAAUAGCAGUAUUCGCCAAAACACGGCUGAAAACAUAUGAUUAUGUUGCUGAUUACUACAAAACUACAACUAUGAAAGCAACAUAUGACUCAACUGUUCAUCCAUUGCCAAAUGAAAGCGAAUGGACACUGCCAGAGACUUUAAGCAUAAUUGUCCUACCACCAAAAUCAAGAAAACCACCAGGCCGCCCUAGAAGAAAAAGAAUCAGAUCUAGAGGAGAACCAAAGGUGCAAAUAAAAUGUGGAAGAUGCGCGCAGCAAGGGCAUAAUAGAAAAACAUGCAAGAAUGAACCAAUCCCAAAGCUGCGAAACACAACAAAGUCAAAGAAAAUAGACAAAUAA